AUGUCACCAUUUUGAAAGUGACAUUCCAACUAUGACGUGUUGAUGAAGGAAAGUGAAGACACUAAAUCUUAGCACAUAAUGGAUAUGUAUAAAGUUGGCGGCCCAUUCUUCCACCAGAUAAUUCAAAGAUUUGCUUCUCUUCUUCAAUCCUACGUGGCCUACAAUUUUCACGUUACAAUAUUUCCAUCCCAACCGUGAUCAUGAAGCUUACCCUUUCGCAAACAGCUGCGAUUCUCGCAUUCUGUAACUACGCUGUUGCAGAGCCUAUCGUCGAACGUGACAACACUGCCAAUGCUCAAGUCGAUGGACAAGGUAACACUCUGCAGCAAGGUGCUGCAAGCGAUGACAGCAAUAUUCUUCAAAGUAUGACAUCGACCUUUGCUCCUCUUCAUAUCCUGUGAAUGUUGCCAGGUAACAAAUUGAUCUAACCUUACCAGGCAAUACAAACAACGGCAAUGUCGUAAUCAACCAAGGCCGUGCCGCAUAUAUCACCCAGGUCGUCAAUGCCCACGCCACCUACUGUCCAACAGCAAUCGUCGUCUCCGAAAAGCACAUAGUCAAGACUAUAACUGCUGGAGGAUGGCACACCAUCACUGCUUGCCCGGCUGGUUGCACCAUUGUCAACAAGCUUAACAUCCCACCUUUGCCAACUCCUGUUGAACAUGUCGUCUUCGAGACCAUGGCUCCUGCUUUCUCGGUUGCAACGACUACGAGUGGCUCUUCUUCGAUUGCAACACCUACUAGUCACUAUUUCUCAAUUGCAGAGUCUACAAGCCACACUUCCUCAAACACCAAGUCCACAAUUCCACAUUCCCCAACUCCCAAACCCACACAUGUACCUUCGUUCCACAUCCCAUACUACGGGAACUCCACCACUUCCACUACAGUCCUAGCUGUUGUCAAGACGUCGGAUGUGGUCCCUAGUGAAACCCACGUUGCUCCUACCUCUGAGACUUCGUUGGUUGUUUUUACUUACUCUACUACAUUAGUCGUUCAUUACACUUCUGCUGCUGCUGAAGCCUCAAGUCACGCUCCGGUUGUUGCCCCAUUUAGCAAUUCAACUGAAGCCUCAACCCAUACUCCAGUCAGUGUUCCAACUGUGGUCCCAACUUCCAGCUCGGCUGUUGUCUCGACCCCAACCAAGAACAACAAUCGAUCCGCAACAGCCAAAACUCCAUAUACCACCUACACCCCCAAGAUUUUUGAGGGUUCAGCCUCUUGUAUUAGUGCCUGCACCGUCGCAGCUCUCGCUGCCAUUGCUGCCUUGGCCAUGGCUUUGUAAGCACCUCUCCUUCUUCACAAUAUCAUCAAUCAUGAAGAGUACCAUCCAGAUUAUUAUGAUUUGGACAGGGUACACUAAUAAUGGGGUACUGGGCGGCGUAUACGGAAAAGUGUUUGGGAAAACUGCUUUGGAAAGUGUUUCGGGAACCCUGCUGUUGUUCGCAAGUAUCUCGAUUAAUAAACCAGAUGACGGUAUGUGCUUCUUAAUCUUAGGAUUAACCAGCCUCACCUACACAAUCUUGAUCUUAAUAGCGACGCAGCAGCAGGGUUGGAAAAGUUUAAAAAAUGGGAUAUGGGAGUUUGGGGCUUUUCUCUUUCUAGAGUUGCAUUC